AUGGCCACUGCUGGCUUUCCCGAGCUGCUGUCUCUCCCGCCCAACGAGGCGGACGCGCGCGCCGCCGGGCUGAUCGACUACUUUGGCUUCCGCAACACCUACGCCCUGGGCAAGCACCUGACAGAAAAGGCUGUCGCGGCCCUGCAGCGAGAGCACCGUCUGCCCCUGGCCAUCCUCAGGCCGUCCCUGGUCUCGUCUGUGGCCUAUGAGCCUUACGCCGGAUUCACAGGAAACUACGCCGGGCACCCGGGGGCCUGCAUGGCCUACCUGGUGGGGCUGUACAACGACCAGCCCACCAGCGUCGCCACCGCCAGCGCCAGCAGCAUCUGGGACGUCGUGCCGGGCGACCUCGUGGCACACGCCUGCCUCGCCCUCGCCGCCGCCGCCGCCGCCGCGGCGCAGCCCGCGCGCCAGCGCGGAGCCGGCGCGCCGCCGCGGCUGCUGGUCGUGCAGGCCGCGACGUCCACCACGCACCCCCUGACCACCUUCACCAUGUUCAACCACGGCUUCCAAUGGACCCAGGCCCACGCGCGCCCCCUCACGCUCGCAACGCGCCGCGGCGCGCCGAUGGCGGCGGGGCAGGCGUUCGACGAGGCGGCGUGGGCCGCGAACAACUGGUGGACGCACCUGAAGGUCGAAGCGGUCGGCUGGCUCUGCAGGCGCCUCGGACGCUCCCGCGCCGCGCGGCUGCUCGGCGCGGGCUGGCGGACGUUCCAGACCAUCAACACCCCAAAGUACGACCUGAACCUGCUCUUCAACGCCGCCAACCUGCGCCAGCUUGAGGCCGCCCUCGCGCCGGCCGAGCGCGCCGACUACCUGCUCGUGUGGCGCCCGCCGCCCGCCGCGUCUGCCGGCGCCGCCGAGGCCGGCGCCCUGCUCGGGCCAGCGCCGGGGCCGCCGCGGCCGCUGAGCCGCGGCGGGAGCAGCAGCGUGGGGAGCGGCAGCAGCGGCGCGCUGGCGGCGCUGGCGGGCGGCGAGGCGGGGGUCGUCUGCAGCGGCGGCGGCAGCGGGGCGGGAAGCCCGCUGAGCUGCUCGACCCCCAGGUCAUUCCCAGGCUGCUCCAUCGAUGCUGAAUGUACAGAGCCUGCCACGGCUGACUGUGAGGGCGAGACCGCCGACAGCAAGGCCGCCGCCUUUGGCCCCCAGUCUAAGACACCUGUGGCGGUGCCGGCGGCCCCCCCCGGUGCCGGCCGCGGCCUGAGGCCUGGCGCACUGCCGGUUGGUGGCGGCAUGAGCUGGCAGGCGUUCCAAUCCAACACGCUGGCCUUCAUGCACCGCCAGCUGUUCGGCGUCGAGCUGCCACGCGAGGCGCCGCUGCCCCAGCGCGCGCUGCGGGAGCUAGAGGCCGUCCUGCCCCCGGCGGACAGCGAGUGGGCCGCGGUGGCGCGGCACACGUACGUGCACAUUGAGGCGGCAUGA